AUGUUUGAACCUAUGUUUUCCUUUUUUGGAGGACUUUUUUCUAAAGCAAAAUCAAAAAUAAUUGAAAAAACAUUACAGCCUAUUAUUGACUAUAAUUUUGAAAAUUUAUUCGAGCAGAAAAUAGCAAUAAUAGAUUUAAAUAAAGGAAUUUCAGAUAUUAAAUUAAACACUAAAUAUUUAAAUGGAAUAAUGAAAACAAAUACACUCUAAGAAAUAUCUAUUAGUAAAAUCUUAUUUAAUGAUAGAAUUUAUAAAACUUGAAAAAUUACAAUUAUAAUUGAAUGAUGUAGAUUUAAUAUUAGAUUUAAACACUUAAGUUAAAUAAGAAGAAGUCUUAGAAUCUUUAGAAGUUGAAGAUUUAGUGAACAAAAGUGUUUAUAUGUAGAUUGAAGAAUUAAAAAAGGAAAUAUUAGUAUAAAUAUUUUUAUAUAUUUUAGAAUUAAGAUAGUGAUUCUUAAUUUUAAAAUGAAACUAAACCUCCAACUCAAUCAAGCGAAUAAACUAAAACUUCAUCAAAAACAGUUAUGUUCUUAAGAUUUAUUGAUAGCAUUUUUGGAAAUGUUAAAGUAGAUAUUAAAAAUUUAAGAAUUAAAUUUACAGGAAAAUUAAAAUCAAAGAAUAUAUCAAGUUUAUCAUUUGUAAUAAAUAAAAUUAAUUGUACAAUGCAAAAGUCUUAAAUAAGCAAUUAAAUACUAUUUUUAGCCAUAAUAGAUUAAUUUAAGCUAUUUCUAAAUGAUAAAUAGAUAGGAUAAAUGGAUAAUGCUAUAAAAUUAAAUGCUUAUUUAACAUAGGAUACAGAACCAAAAAUUAAAAUUUAAGCAGAACAACUACAAAUAAUUGUAUCUCUAAAUCAAUUGGAUCAAAUUUCAUAAUUAUUUGCAUAAAGUGCUUAAGUUUUAGAAUAAAGAGAUAAAACUAUUUAAGAAGCAUUAAGAAUAAGUAGCAAUUUUUAAUAAAUUAAAAAUUCAAAUAAAUAAUAAUUAGCAGAAAGGAAGAUAAUAAAUUUAAACAAAUAUAAAUUAGAAGAAUACUUUAAGUAAAAUUUAAUUAAUAAAAAUUAAAAUCAAGAAGAAAUUUUUGAGAGCACCAUAAUUGUAGAAGAUAUUCCAAAUAAUAAAAUCUAAGAUUUCUAUACUUCUGUUAAAUAUUUGAAUGAAUAAAAAGAAUUUUUGAAUUGUAAUUUUUAUGGUCUAACUCUAUAUAUUACUAAUGUUGAAGUUGAGAAAUAAUUUAAUUUAAAAGAAAGAAAUUUUAAAAUUGACCUAGAAAACUAUUUCUCAAUUUCUAUAUGUGAUAUAAAUGUAAUAAAACAUAACAAACUAAACAUUUUUAUUGGCUCAGUGUUAAUUUAUUAGUUAUAUUAAUUGGAAUAAUUAUUUAAAAGUUUAGAAGAUUGUAAGGAAAAACAAGAUUAAGAAUUCGAUAUGAUUAAUUAUUAAAAAUUCUUUUGUAAAAUAAUAAUGAAAUCAGGAAAAGAUUAGUAUACUUAGAAGGAUUUAAGUAAGGAAAGUUAUGAAAUUUAAACAUAAGAACCAAUAAUAUUUGCUUCUUUUUCUUCAACAUAAUUUAUUAGUCCUAUAAAAUUAGAAAUAAUAGAUAGCCAAAUUAGAAUGGACUUAACACCUUUUAAUUUAAUCCUAGAUUAAAAUUAGCUUGAGUUUAUGAUGAAAAUUCUUAAUAUUUAUACACAAAACUCAGUUAAUUAAAACAAUUAAUAAAUAUCCUAAACAUAAUUUCAAAUAUCGAAAACAAAUUUUUCUAUAUUUUAUCGAAUUAACAAUUUGUAACCUACAAUGAGUUUAAGUACUCAAAUAGUAGAAGAUGAUUAUAUUUAAUUAAAUAUUUAUGACUUUUUUCUUAAAACUUCAGAUAUAAACGAUUAAUUGGAAAAUUAAACUUAUUAAUAUAAAAAUUAAAUCAAAUUUGGAUGUGAAAAUAUUUAUGGGCUAGAUAAAUAAUUAUAAAUAAACAAUCUUAAUGGUUAUUUUGGCUCACAACUUAAACCUUAAAUAUCUAAAUAAAUAUAAUUUGAUGGAUAAAAUAAAACAUCAAUAAUUUAAUAUUUAAAAGAAUGUAAAUCGAAACAAGAAUAGCAUUUAGAGUUGUAAAUAGAUGGUGUUAUAUUAAAUCCUAAUUACUUUGAUAAUUUUUAUAAAAUGAUUUCUGAUCUAAACUAAGUUUUUAAUGGUAAUUCAAAAGGAAUAUAACCUAAUUAAAAAAAGCAAUAAAAUAUUUACUUUUGCACUAAAAUAAAAAUCAUAGAAGUAAAUUUAUAUUAAACUAUUUAUCUAUGUUUAAACCAAUUCAAAUAUUAUUUUACUAUCGAUUAUUAAUUUGUAUUGCUAGAAGAUUUAAAUGUUUUUUAUAAAGAUAAUUCAUAAAUUUUAUUGAUGAAUUAGGCAUAAGAUAAGUGGAUAUUCACUCUAAUUAUGAAAUAAAAUAAUUUGAAUCUUGAAUUUUCAGCUCUUAAAUUUAAUUUAACAAAUUUUAAUUUUGAUAAAUUGAACUUUUGUAUUUAAAAAUUCAUUAAUUCAAUAUAAUAUAUAAAUAAACCUUAAUAAUAGGAUAAUCUAUAAAAUAAGAAAUCAGAAGUGAUUGUCUUAUUUAAAUAAAUAAUGAUUGAUAUAUUACCUUUUUAUAAUGAGGAAAUAAUUCUAUAAAAAAAAGGUUAAGCUAAAUUAAAUUAUACAAAAGUACAAUAUCCAUCUUGGACAAGAUCAAUUUUGAUAAUUAAUAAUAUGCUUAUCAAAGAGGAUUUAAUUUAAAUUGAAGAAGUUUAGGUUUAUUUUUAAAAUGAGAAUACUAGUGAUAGAAAUGAUUAAUUAAUAAGUUUAGAUAAAUUUAAAAAAAUAGGAUAAAUUUAAAAAAUUGAAUUAUAAAGAAAAAAAUUAUUAAAAAUAGAUUCUAUUUAAAUUUUCGAUAUUUCUAAACAGAUAAUUAUUGAUUUAAUAGAUCAUUAUGAACAUAUAGAUAAGGAUUUUGUUAAAAAAAAGGUUAUAGAGAAAAAAGAAUAUUAAAAAUUAGAUAAAAUAGAAAUGAAAUCAAAAAAUUUUGAAAUAUAAUGUGAUUAUUUAUCUAUAACAAACUAAUCUCAUAAUUUUGAAGUAAACGUCUAUUAUACAUAAUUAUAUUUAGGAGAUAAAUGUUGUCAAUUAAAAAUAAGUAGAGCAUAUAUUUUGGAUUAACUUUAAUAGAGUAAAUUUAAAUAUAUACUUGAUGAGGAAGAUUUUAAUGAAUUUGAAGAAAUAUCAAGUGCUUUAAUAAAGGAAAGCUUAUUUUUAGAUUUGAUAAUUUAGUUUGAUUAAAAUAGUCUUGCGUUAAAUGUAAAAUUAAAACCUUUAAGAAUUUGUCUAUCUGGAAAUCAAUUUUAAGAAUUAUUAAAAUCAUUUUAAGUAUAAUGUAAAGAAGCAGCUUCAAACUUUAGUAAUGAUGAUGAUGACGAAUCAUUUGAAAUAAUAAAAUAAAAAGAAGCUUUUAAUUUAUAAGUGGAGUUGUUUCCAAUAUAAUUUAUAGUUUCAUUUGAUUCAGAAGGUUUGGAAGUAGAGGGACUGAAAACUCAAGUAUUAAAAUUUGGAUCCUUUAAUAAUUUAAUUUUAGCUACAAAUUAGGUUUUAUAUUUUUAUUAGUUUAAUCAAACAUCAAAAUAAGAUUUUAUAUAAUUUUUAAUCAGUUAACAACUAUCAACUUUUAGGAUAUUAUUUUAAGCUUAUAGUUCACUUGAUAUAACAAAAGCGGCUAGUUCCUUUACAAAUGGCAUCAUUGAUAUAUUUAGUAAACCUUUUAUCUCAAACAAUGGUUUUGUAAUAUUUAUUCAAUUUAUAUAAGUUAUAUGGUUUGAUUGAGGGAAGUUAUGGUUUUACUUGUGGGAUUACAUCAUCAUUACUAUAAUUAACAGCAUUACCUGCAAGUGCUUUAAAUAAUGUAGCUGCUUAUAUGGGACUUGGUGCUAUAUCUAUUCCUUUCUCAUAACUUGAAGAAUUUUGCAAAAAAUUAUAUUAUAAAGUAAAUCAAUUUUAUAUAAUUAAGAUUAAUCCAGAAAAAGGUAUACCUAAGAGGUUUUACAAAGAUAAAUUAUGA